AUGGGUAGCAUAUCUAGAGCUCUCUCGAUACCUGUGAACGUAGCAUCCCACGUGACACAAACGCUGGCAGGUUCUGAUUUCACCCGGGGUAUUUUCCACUUGCACUUGAGUUUCAUCCAUAAUGUCAAUUUUAGUAAGGGUGAGGUGGAUAAUCAUCGGUGUGUAUUGCAACGGGUGUUGUCCUAUUCACUAUCGCGAGCCUUAACCCAGGACGCAGCCCCGCAAAACAACCACAGGCCUUGCCACAAUUUAGUCUUCCUCAUUUUUAUUCCCCACAAAAACUACCAUCUGCAACCGCAAACCUCAAACAGCUUCGAUGACUCUCUUCAACCCCGCCUCACGAAUUCCAUUCCAACCCCCAGAUUCAAACGCCUCUCUUUUUCACUGCACAGUUCGACACAGCAAUCCCCAAUGGCACCGUCAGCCUUCCCACCGCCCACACCACCUUCACCAAACCCCGAAAUCCCCCUCACCCAUCAACCACUCCUCGCCUUCACCCACGACGAAACUAUAGCCACCCACUCGUUCUGCAUCUUAUCGAAAUUCGGGUUUGCAGAAGGUCUCAUUGGUCAUAUCACAAUUCAAGGAGCGGAUGAGGAGGUCAAAUUAUUGCAAAUGGGUGUUGCUCUUUCCGGUUACCUUGCGCCUCCCUUCAACCAAGGCCCCAUCCUUUAUAUUUGCAAAAAAGCCAUAUAUGCUACCCGCACCACCCGCUCCGAUGUCUUCUGUGCAUCCGGAAAACUAUUCCCACUAACCCAAGACACCUGUCCGAGCAAGGCAGACAGUCGCUGCAUGUCUCGGCACCAAAAAGCCGCGCUGUUGGGUAAAUAUGGUUUAUUGACAGUUGCACUCAGUAAUAAGGCCCUUGUGGUUUGGUUUGGUUUGGUUUGCGGGAUAGCUGUUUUUGCAUUAGGGAAGUGGAGGCGAGAAGAACGCGGGGAACGCUGGGGUGGAGACAGUGUUGGAACCGCAUUGAAGGAAAAUGUGGAGAAAGGAAUAUGUUGUAUGAAGGAUCUUGAAUAUGUUAUCUUCUAG